AUGACUUUUUGGUGGGAUGCGAUGUGCCCGAGUAUAGUGAAGGCCUUUGAAGUUUUGGAAAACCCUUCAGUACCCCCAUCUACCGUCGAAUUGCAGAACGUACCCAUAAAGACCAUGGAUGUUAGCCCUUGGGAUACGGGUUUUGAUACCACCGUACCUCUACCGGGUAUUUCAACUGUGACACCAAGGUACAACCAGCAAGAAACACUCAGCGAAUACUCCAGCGCUCAAGAAUUUAAGUCUCCGUCCACGUUCUCUAUCGGUCCAGCAGCUGAAAUCUACUUCAGCCCUGGUUGUGAGGUUGCCAGCCUUCAUUUCCCUGUGGCACCUUCGCAGGGACUUAUGAACUUCUCAUCUUCUUUGGUCGAGUACUAUUUCAAAGUCACGGCAGGACUCUUUUCCUGUUAUGACAGCAGUAUGAACCCAUUCCACACCACUGUCGGCCACCUCUGGACGCUGUCUCCUGCCUUGCACCGCACUUUGCAAAGCAUGGCUUCUGCAUGCCUCGUCGAUGAGCACCCUUUUUUCAGAAAACUCUCCAACCGGCUUCGGCGAGAAGCAAUCUCGAUGAUCUGCAGGGCUCCAGCACAGGAUGAGAAGUCACCCCUAGCACUUCUCAUGAUUGGACAGAGCUCCAGUUGGUUGCCUAGUCCGCCGGGAACGAUUACGAGCACGUUCAACAUCCCUUCCCCUGGAGUACUCCAUCAAUCAAUCCCUGUCAUCAUUCCAGCUCGCACAGCAUCUCGAAUCGCGAUUGGAAAGCCUAGCCGGCAUUUCCGAAUCUGA